AUGCGAGCUACACAAAGCCGGCAGAAGUCUUAUGCUGAUAGGAGAAGAGGAUCGCUAGAGUUUGAGGCUGGAGACCAUGUGUUUCUCAGGGUGACUCCAACCACAGGUGUUGGAAGGGUUCUCAAGUCAAGAAAGAUGACCCUCAGAUUUAUUGGGCCGUAUCAGAUCACUCGCAGGAUAGGCCCAAUGGCGUAUGAGAUAGCAUUACCACCUCAUCUGGAAAAUUUGCAUAAUGUCUUCCACGUGUCACAAUUGAGGAAGUACAUUGCAUAUCCUUCACAUGUAUUGGAAGCUGACGAUAUCCAGGUUCGGGAGGAUCUGACUAUGGAGGCGGGCCCGAUGCGAAUUUUGGACUCACAUGUUAAGCAACUGAGAGGGAAGGAGAUAAGGACAGUGAAGGUCAUUUGGGAUGAAGCCACACAAGAAAUGACUUGGGAGAUGGAGGACCUAAUAAGACAGUCUUACCCGCAUCUAUUUACUAGUAAGCUCUAA